GGCGGGUGGGCGGGUCUCUUAUCGGUAGCAUAGGACGGCCUGCAGCAGCUAGCUCAGUCACAUCGGGCACCAGAUCCUGUCCUGCAACGAAACCCAGUGCAACGAAAUGCAAAUAAACGAAAGCAUGGCGCCCAAGUAGAACAUUCCAACAGCGCCCGCAAGCAAGCCAACUAGGUCCACCGUUCUCUCUUUGAGGAUCUCUAUCUCUCUCUAUCAGCUAGCCUCCGAUUCCCAGCAAGAGCCACCUCCACUUCGGAAGCCAGCCGGAAGAGAUGACGGAACAAAAGAAUCAGGUGACACGCGCUGCCCCGGAGCAGAGCAACGACUACCGGGUGGUGGUCUUUGGUGCCGGCGGCGUGGGCAAGAGCUCGCUGGUGCUCCGAUUUAUAAAGGGCACAUUCCGCGAGAGCUAUAUACCGACCAUCGAGGACACCUACAGACAGGUCAUAAGCUGCAACAAGAACAUCUGUACGCUGCAAAUCACGGACACGACCGGAUCGCAUCAGUUCCCCGCCAUGCAACGGUUGUCGAUCUCCAAGGGUCAUGCCUUCAUCUUGGUCUACUCGGUGUGCUCAAAGCAGAGCUUGGAGGAGCUACGUCCUAUCUGGGCUCUCAUCAAGGAACUUAAGGGAGCCGACAUUCCAAACAUUCCAGUAAUGUUGGUGGGCAACAAGUGUGAUGAGACUGCGGAACUAAGAGAGGUCUCACAGAUCGAGGGUCAGGCCCAAGCCACCACCUGGAGCAUAUCGUUUAUGGAGACAUCGGCCAAGACGAAUCACAAUGUGACAGAGCUCUUCCAGGAGCUGCUCAACAUGGAGAAGACGCGCACCGUCUCCCUGCAGCUGGACACCAAAAAACAAAAGAAGCAAAAGAAAGAAAAGAAGUCCAAGGACACCAAUGGCGCGAUUCCGGAGAAUGGGGAGGCCAGCGCCAGUGCCAGCGGGGGAGCCAAGGAGAAGUGUCGAGUUAUGUAAGCAUCGACGUUGGCAGCGGCAGCGGCAU